AUGGCGAAAAGUGGUAAAUUGAAUUCAGUUAAAGACAGCUCUGACGAUGCUGUUGAUGGGCGCAAAGAACAAAUAUUAUGUCAGCCAUGUUCAAGAAAGGAUUUACAAACGACGGCUGAUGUGUUUUGUUCAGAAUGUAACGAACUUCAAUGCAAUGAAUGUUUAAAGGCACAUACAGUUUAUGCAUUUAUGAACAAUCACAAGUUAGUGAAUGCGACAAAAGUAAAGUCGAAAUCAUCAUCUUUCGAUAUGAAAGGAAUGGACAAUUGUGAACAGCAUGAUAAGUUAUUGAAAUUUUUCUGUGAAGACGAGAACCAGCUUUGCUGCAGCACAUGUGCUAUAGUGGAUCACCGAAAAUGCAAUAGCGUCGUAGAAGUACCGAAAAUCGCCGGGAAAUUGAGUUCUGCUGAUUUCGAAUUAAAGCGAAAAUUGGAAGAAUUAAAAUCAAAGGCGGGGAUGAUUGUUAAACACACUGACUCAUCAACAGAACAACUCAGUAAAGAUAUCAAAGCAAUAUUUAUGGAGAUUAAAAGAAUGCGAGGUGACAUAAAUAAAAUGUUCGACGACUUGGAAGUUUACGUUACCAAAGAAACUGACGUAUUUCAGGCUGAAGUAGUUAAUUAUCUAGCAAAGAAACGAUCCAGUGGUGAGAAAUAUAUCGCUGAUGUUACAAAAUCACUGGAAUUUGCAGAUACAGCUUUUGAGAAUGGAACGCUAUCACAACAGUUUAUAGUAGAAAAGAUAUUGAAAAAACAGGCCAAUGAACUUUACAGGGACUUGGAUAAUGAAUGUCAAAAUUUACAGAUUGCUACCGUUUCCUUUCAAUUUGAUGAAACAUUAAAGUUGCCACCACUUACUAUUUCUGCAUGCAUUCCAGGAAAGCUCACAUUGAAAUACACCCUGCCCGAAGCUAAGGGAUCUGUCGCACCAGUAGAUCCAAACGUUAAGUUAACGAAGAUUACUUCAAUUAAAUUGAAGAAGACUGGAGAUGAUGCCGGCGAACCACACUACUCAGGACUAGAUUUCCUGCCGGAUGGAAGACUGGUUGCCGUGGAUAAUAACAACAAGAAAUGCUUGAUUUACGAUGAGAAGCUUCAGAGAGUAGGAUCAUAUCAGUUAUCGUAUUCACCACAGAGUGUAGUUGUUGUAUCUGAGGACGAAGUAGCGAUAACAAGUGGGAAAAGAUAUAAGGUAGACUUUCUACGUGUCAGUAAAUUUAAUGAAAUUACUUUGAUUAGGACAUGUAAAGUUAAGACACAGUAUGCUUCUAUAUGUCUGAAAGAUGAGAGACAUUAUGUUGUUGGAACUAUAGAUGAAGCAAGACCUGUUCGUAUUGUAUCAAGGUCAGGAGAAGAGAAAGAUUUCAGCAUCAGCUUUCCCAAUAAGAAGUAUUCUAAUGACACUUGUGCAUGCAGUUAUAUAAGGAAUACUGAGAAGAUAAUACUAAGCGAUAAACACGAGCAUACUGUUUAUAUAUAUGACGUUGCGACCAACACCAAAGUCGUUGUCAAGGAUGACCUGAUCAAGAAUCCACGUGGUGUAGCAGCAGGUCCAUCAGGCUGGUUCCUGGUUUGCUGUGAAAAUACAAAUUCAAUUGUACAGAUCUCGCAAACAGGUCGGAUCUUAUCGUCGUUUAAGUUAGAUAUGUACUAUCCACUCAGAGUCUGUGUUUCAAAAGAUCAAUCUAUACUUGCUGUUUCAAAUGGCUGUGUGGGUAAAAUAAAGUUACAGUUGUUUAAACUUACAGGUUCAUAG